GUUGUAGUUUGAGAGCAGUGUCUGAAGACUAUACGGUGUUCAUGCAAAACAUACUGCACUUGUUUCUGGCAGAGAUCACUGCAAUGAUGGAUCUGAGAUGCACGCUAUGGCUGUUUAUUGCAAUGCUUUCUAUUUCUUCAACAGAUACUGCCUUCAACAGUAGUAAUUAUAUUCCCCAAAUUACACUUCAGCAGGUGCUAGGAAAGGUCACAGCUACUACCUUUGUACUGGACAUUCCUCAAUGUGUCUUUAGUGACUACUCAGGAAGUGAUAUUUGGCUGGUCAUUGCUAAACAAGAUGUUGCUUUAACCCUGUCUGAUUCAGCUCUCGCAAAUAAACGUACAUAUAACUCAUUCUCCGGAAAUGGUUACUAUCAUAUCCAGCCAUACAGUGGAAUUACUUACCCGUGUUCCAAUGACUUUAUUUACACUCGAGUUGGCAAUGGUGAUAGCUGCGAUGAAGUAGCAUUCUGCAAUGGUCCUUUAAAUUCAUCACUGGCAUAUAGAGUGAAAUUUAUUCGGCUAAGUGGCACCACUCUUCUGAAUAGUACACAGUGGUCUGCAGUGAUUAGUCUGAUGACAGCAAGAAACAGAGCUACGAUUGACACCUGGCCCGGGAGAAGAAGUGGAGGCAUGAUUGUCAUUACAACUAUACUUUCAAUUUGUAUUGCCGUUUUCCUUGCCGGUUUGAUUGCCACUUUCAUUGUGGGAAGUAAGGGACGUCAAACACAUAAGACGGUUGAAAAGAUCGAAGUUCCAUUGUCAGAAGAAAUUAAAUUGGAUGAUUACCAAGGACCUUUGACAGAUUAUGAAACAAAUAUUCCUAAAAUAUAGAACAUCCUUUUAACCAAGCAGCCUUCAUGUUCUAUGGCUUGGAAAUAAACAGUUUUUAUAUU